AUGUCGACCCUCAGCGAGUCCCCAUCUGAUGAAAGUCACCUCUCCGAAUCUACUUAUGAGUUUGUCGAUACAGAUGAUGAGAGCCAUGAUGAGAAUGCUACCGAGUCGAUAGCUUCUGUGGAGUUUGGUCGUCCUGACGAUAUGCAGAGCCUUGCAGAUACUGAGAAUAGUGAUGAAAGUGGGGAUCAAUACACACAGAAUUCCUCCAUUCCUGCUUUUGGUUUGGAUAACUCGAUCAAUAAUUCUUUCAAUAAUCCUACCAUCGGUCGAAAUUCUGCUGUCUUGCAUGACGAUUCCGAUACCCCGCUCUCACAAUCUAUCGAAUUUGAAGAACCAUUUGGUAGCCUCGGAGCCGAGAAUGUGUCAGUCAAACAUACAGUGGCAGAGUUCACCGAAGAACAAACUGCCGCUUCCGUGAGAGAUUUGAACCUGCAAAAUCCGCCCAGUCAAUUGAUUCUUACAAUUCGACAAACCAUGACCAAGCAUGGUUUAUCGACUAAAGACCCACUCCGCAUCCUCUAUGUAGGCAGCCACUCUGCAAAACAAGAUAUCAUACACAAGAUUGCAAGCUCUGUCACUGCUUCCGUCGAAGGCCAAGAGCGUUCAAGUCGAAACUCGUCUCAAAUAUACAAUGUUGUGCCUGUAUCUGCUUUUGGCUCGGAGAAAACACCGGAAAUCGAACUCAUGCACUCGUCUGGUUACCAAAUCAAGGUUGACGAUUGUUUGUCUGCUCAAACCCUUGAAUUCGAGGAUCAACCACAAAAGCCAGAUGUAAUUAAGUUAAAUCUCGAGGAUCACUACAGCUACCAUUCUGUGCCGGAGAGAGAUCACUUUAUUGUUGAGCCGGAGUGGGAGUUACCACAUGUGGCAAUAUUCUACUGUUCUGAUAGUGACGAUAUACAAGCACGACGCACUAGAACGAUCGCCAGAAAGUUCAUGAGUCGUCAUACCAUACCAUCGAUUGUUAUCUCGCACAAACAAUUACUUAACAAAGCUCAAUGCAUGUCUUUAGAUCAGCAUUCUAUUCAUAUGUGUUUAGAAUCCCGGGAAACAAAUGGCAGAGGAAGCAUUGUCCAUCAACGUCUACCAAUAGAUCUUACGUCUUUCUUGAACAUCGAUGCUAGGCAGAUGAACAGAAAUCUUGCUUACUUGACUGGUCUUCACGAGCCUGCAAGUUCCCCUAGUGUUACCAAGAAUCUUGGUUCCUAUACGAUUCCUGCGAACCGAGAGAAGCCAGUCAAUAAAGAAUGGACCCGUUACUUAGCGGAGUGGAGAUCUUUACUCCCAUUUGGUUUGCUUGUCCUGAGCGUGCUGACUGCCAUUUUCACGUCCACCCUUUCGCCCUAUCCAUUUUACAACCAGCCGGCAAUCUCUAUAAAUAGCAAAACUAUGUCAGCGGGCCCCAUAACUCCAACAUCAGUACCAUUUGCGACCAACCUCUCUGCAACUCAAGCCACAGUUACUUCAACACCUCCUGUUGUACAGUCGUUGCCCCCGAACGGACUUUCAAAACCUCAAGUAGACUUUUCAAAACUUACACAUGCCCAACAACAGAAGUCCAAAUCGGAGAGCAAGUGUAGUUCCUGUGUAGCGGAAAUCAUGGGGGACAGAGAAGUUUUGAUUCGAAUUCCCCGGGCAAUGAAGCUUAGCUGGCUCACCAAGUUGGCAAUGUCGAUCAACAUCACUAGGGGCAAUACUACAGUCGAUACAGAGCGUGCCUUUAGUUCAAGCGACGGGAUAGUGUUAUUGAUUCCCAAGAAGGAGGCUCAUGGUAUUCUCAACAUUUCGAUCGUUACCACCAAGAAGCCGCGCAUCAACGAGACCUUCCAAGUUGAUUUUGGAACCAAUUCUCUCCAAGCCAUGCAAGAUGUCUUGGACAGAUUUUACACAUUCUUCAAGGAGGAUACUGUUAUUGCCGAUGGUCAAACUCUCGCAGAUGUUCGCGCCGCGGCUGAGAAGGUUCUCAAAGAUGUACGCCAAUCUUCCCAGUCGAAACUAGCCAAUAUCGACGAAGCGAAACGUCAAGCGCUCGAGCGAGCAUCAUCAAUCACUGCCCAACUUACUAAUGCUGCGAGAGAUAUGACUCUUGAAGCCGCCAAGCGCAGUGCUCGCAUUACAGUCGAACUCGGUUCACAAUUUGCAGGCGUGGAGAAGACUAUUGCGGAUCAAUUGCACUCUUUACAAAACAUAGGAAACCCAUUAGAUGAGGGGAUCCUAAAGGCACAAGUCAGAUCUAAGUCUUUGUGGUUGAAGAUGCAAGGAAAAAGUGGAGAGGCUGAGGAGUAUGAACGUAGAGCUGCAGUGGCUAUGAGUAAGAAAGCUGCAGUGACACAAAAGUUUGAAGCUAAACUUGCACAGAAGCCAGAGAAGACAAGGGUUCAGGCGUGGAAGGAAAAAAUGGCCUUGAGAAAGGAAGAGAAAGCUGCAAAGAAAGAAGCUAGACAAGCUGCUAGGAUAGCGAAGAAGGAAGCUAGAGAUGCUGCUAAGAGAGCUGGGUGGACUGGGAAUUGA